AUCCUGGAUAUGAACAUUUUAAGAUAGCAGAAAAGUCCCAUGGUAAUUGGAUCAAACUGUAUUUAGAAGGAAAUAAUUCAGAAGUACUCUUAAAUCUUGGCAAAAAGGUCCUGAAGCAAUAUUUGGAGGCCCUGAAGACUCUGAGUUCUUCAUUAAGCAAACAAGUUGCACAAUAUGACAUGUAUUCGAUGAUGGUGGGGACUGUGAUCAUUAUGGAGGUUCUGAUGCUGCUUUUGCUCAGCAUUCCAAAAGCACUGAGCAGCCAGGCAGAAUUUGAAGUGCCCCUCUCCCCUCCACUAUUCUCUCUGCUGUUUUACUUGAUGUGUCUGAUGCUGUGUGCAGUUCAUGUCAUUGUAUGCACGUCGGCAGAAAGUUUAUGCUACUUCUGCAGUAUGUCCUGGUUAACAGCAGUUGGAGUCAUGAUGCUGAUUUCCGCACUCAUGUGUGGUAUUUUAUCUGCUACUGUAAAGAUCUUUGAGAAUUCCAGACUUUCACUGAAGAAUACAGUUGUGUCUGGUUCCAGCUGGUCAGAAAUAGAUGUGCUGAUUCUGGCUGGGACAAGUGGCCAUGUUUUGAGUUUGGGGGCAAGCAGUUUUAUAGAAGAGGAACAUCAAACCUGGUAUUUUCUUAUCAAUACACUUUGUUUGGCACUGUGUCAGGAACUUUGUAGAAAUAAUUUUCUUGUGAAAGAAUGUGACUCUCAACAUAGCACCACUAUGAAACAAAAUUUUGAUAAUAUUAAGGAAACCUCUGAGUGCAAGAACAUAGACAUUCCAGCAGUAAGUAAUUCAAAAUUGGGCAAGGCCACGUCUUCAUCUGAAUUCAUAAAAGGAUCAGAUAAGUGGAUGAGCUUAGCAAGUCCAUGGAUCAUCCUUAUUUGCUGUCGGCUCCUUCGAUCCUUGAAUCAGACAGGCGUCCAGUGGGCUCAUCGACCAGACUUCGGACACUGGCUGACAAG